UUAUUUUUUUUUCUGAUUUGCUUUUCACAGUGCAUUGCAUUCUUCUCAUUUACUUGGGCUCUCGGCUACUUCUUGUGCAAGUCUGUCCACUACUGCCAGAUAGUCGCCAUGGUGUGUUCUGUCAUGACCUUGACCGUCAUGAGUAUAGAAAGGUAGGUCACAUAACUAGCUCAUUAAAAGAAUACCUUUUAGGGCUUAAAGUCAUCAAGGAUAGAAUUGAGCGAGUUAAAAACAGCUCUCCUCUUAUUGUAAUAGUAGGACUGAAAUGUUCUUAUGAAUUAGCGCUGGCUUCGAUGACGAUGUAAAACAUUUAGGCAGAGGAUAUUUUUUUAUCAGGUGAAAUAUAUUUAUACAAUGACGUCAUUGUUCCCACUUUUUAGGGUUCAGAAGCUGGUCAUAUACAGAGAUAUUGAUUUUUUUUUUUUUGAUUUUUUUUUUGCGUAUUAAUAACACUCCCAGCUCUGAAGACCUCUCUUCUAUUGUGAAAGAAAAAAUUUUGUAGUGACAAAUUCUUGAAAUACAUGACACCAAUAUUUUAAAGAUCUUACAAUUUGGUAAUGACCAGUACAUAAACAGCUAUUCAUUGACUACGUACACAAAGGCUCCAUAGAACAUGAAGCCAACGGCGGCUGCAGAGCACAAAGGACUUGCCAGAAAAGCCUGGUUUAACUCUACACCUGGAGAUGUCCCAUGAAUCCCUUGCACUUAACGGCACGAGAACAUUUCGUGCCAGAAUCGGUCUCAUCGGCCAUCUGCGCACCCGCAGCCAAGUUCACAAUUAGCAUACACGAUGAUAAAGGGGUUCAUGGGUGAUUUCGACUUACCAACUAUCAUUAGUAUUGCAAUUCAGGACAACGAAGGUUGCCAGCUUUUUCCAAGGAUUUCAUUCAGUCUGAAUUACAACCCGCCUGUUCCUUUAGAAUGAGUUUUUUUCUACCUCAACAAAUUUUUAAAAAUCUGGUCUGUAUGCUCGUGGAAGUUUCAACAAAUUGUUUACCUAAGUGAUAGGUGCAUUUUUGUGUUUUAGUGUGACUGAAAAUUGUUCUAAAAAAUUAUGUUAUGUACAUCGAAUUGAAAAAAGUUUUUUCCAAUAAAUCCUUUUAUAAGCAUUUUGUGGAGCUCAGCGAUGGCUACAGUUCUUAAGAAAUCAUUGCUUCCUACUUCCUUCAUCUUCCCCUUUAAAAACGGGAAAAACUUGUUUUUGGGGUUGUGGGUGAACAUUUGACAAAGUAUGUUGUCAUCGGCAAUGCAUCAAUGUGCCAAGAUUCAGUUCGAUAGCAUGACGGAAAGUGGGUCAUUAAACUUUUCCAAUUUUUGCCCCCAAAAAACACACGAUUAAAAGCGAAGUUUAAAAAUGUCAUUAGCCUAUGUUGUUUCAUGGUUGUAAAAGAAUUAUUUGGUGUUGUCAGAAUAUAAGCAGAGACCACUAACAACUUAAGAGAUGAGAUCUCUACCGCUAACAUCUGUAGAGAUGAGAUGUCUACCCCUAACAUCUGUAGAGAUGAGAUGUCUACCGCUAACAUUUGUACAGAUGUGAUCACUACUCAAAAUAAGUUCACAUGAUGCAAAGCUUGUAUAUUUUCGUUUGAUCAUAGGAGCAUUCUUUUCUUGCAUGGAUCUAUGACAAUAAGCCUUGAGUGAAUGUACAGAUUAUUCAUGAAACGCACAACUUUUUAUAAAUUCUGAUUUGCUUAUGUUCUUGAACCUAUGUAAAUUAUCAGCUACCAACUUCGGUAAAGCCAUCUCAAUUUUUUUUUAUUUUUUAAAGACGUAUUUUAUUGAGCCUACUGAUUUGGAAGUUUGGAUUUUUUUUCAAUUAUAUUUUUUUUGAAAUAUUUUUUUUAAUAUUGCUGUUAUAUUACAGUAAUUAGUUUCGAAUUUCAGGAACAUCGCCAUCUUGUCUCCACUGAGAUCUAAACGAAUCUGCACCAGGCGCCGAGCUCGGGUGGUCGUCCUGUUGCUAUGGCUAGGAUCGAUAAUACUGGCGCUGCCAAUAUUCCUCGGACAGGUAAGAUAGAUCUGGCUUAAUGAGGCAAUAGGGAUCAAGAAAAAUGACAUCUCGGUUUUGAUCUCAGGCAUAAAGAAAUUCAUCACAUGGUUCGGUCAUCGUCACAAUAACUUGCCUUGCUCUUUUAUGCAAGGAUCUUUUUGUGUUUUCAUCUCUUUCCUUACCAAUGGGGAUGUUGUAUUUUUUUGAAAUAUGUGGGAGCAGGUACGUGACGGGGAAAAGUGGCGUCUGGGGAAAAGUCUGAAAAUGACGCCCCAAAAUAUAGAGAAAAAAGUGUCGCCCGUGACGGACCAGUAAAAAGAUGAUUUUGGCACCCUUUGCCUUUGUGAAGUACUUGGGAUUGCAUUGGUUAACGCACCAUUAAGUUUCCAUCUGAAGAUAAUUUUGUAAUCAUCCUCGUGAAGCUGGCGCCCGUUGCGGGUGUCCCUUUCGCCAACCUCUUCACGCGGCCUUGUCAAGCCAUUACUGGCCUUUCUUCUUCUAUAUCUUAAGGGCCCACGAUCAAUUUAUUGAUCAUUUUGGCUCCUAAUCAUGUAGAUGGGAUUUGCCAUGUUUCUGUUACUGGUGGUGAUGAGGAAAUUAUGCACUAGGGGUUUGAAGGCUUGAGGCAAUAGACACAAAUGUGUCUAGUGUUGUCGCCUCAACUGUUCCUUUUGAAAGAUGGUUCCAGUCCCUGAUUGUCUUGGGCAGGAAUGAGCAGCUCCUAUACUGGCUUCUUGCUGGUAUGAGCCUGAAUUGCCUGUCAUGGCCUCGUCGCUGUCUAUGGGGGAGAGGGACGAGUUUCUGUUUAAUACUGGAACAGUGGACCAGCCCAUUAUUUAUCUUGUACAUCAUGGAGAGCCUGGAUUGUCGUCGUCGUUUCUCCAAUGGUGACCAGCCUAGUGUUUCUAGCAUGCUGCCAACACUAGAGGUAUUCCUGUAGCGGUUUAGGACAAAGCGUGCUGCUCGUCGCUGGACCGCCUCCAACCUGUCAAUGCUCUUCUGGGUAAAUGGGUCCCAGACUGAAGAUGCAUAAUCUAAAAUCGGACGGAUAAAGGCUUUAUAUGCUCUUUCUUUCACACAGGAGUUGCCAAUCUUUAGAUUUCGCCUUAAGAACCCCAAGGCUUGGUUUGCUUGGUUACAUACAUUGUUAAUAUGCUCGUCCCAGCGGACCUCUCUUUGAAUGGUAACACCCAGGUACUUUACGGAGGAAACUUGCUCAAGUAUAUGGCCGUGCAGUUCGUAUUGGUAGUGUAGAGGAGUACAACUUCUAGAGAUUGAUAGUGUCUGGCACUUGGCAGGGUGAAAUUCCAUGUCCCAGCUCAUCUCCCACUCAGCUAACAGAUUGAGAUCCUGUUGUAGCUGGUCCUGGUCAGAUCUGUUGGCGAUCGUCCUAUACACUGCUGUGUCAUCUGCAAACAGUCUUGCCUGUGAUGUCAGUUUCUCCGGUAGGUCAUUAAUGUAUGCUAGGAACAAACAGGGGCCCAGGACUGAUCCCUGGGGGACCCCUGACUUCACAUUGACAAAGGAGGAGCUUGUACCGCCCACCACUACUGCUUGGCGUCGGUGGCUGAAGAAGCUAGAGAUCCAUGUUUUAGUGAUGCCUUGAAUCCCAUAUAUCUGGAGUUUGUGUAGAAGCAAACUAUGCUUCACCCGGUCAAAUGCUUUUGCGAAGUCCAUUACUAGCACGUCAGUCUGCUUGUGGUUCUCCAGAUUGGUCAUCAAGUCUUCUACAAAUUCGAGAAGCUGGGUCUCACAUGACCUAUUGGCUCGGAAGCCAUGUUGACAGUCAUUGAGUAUAUUUUGGCUUUCAAGAUGCUUCAUGACAGUGCUUACGAUUAUGUGCUCCAACAGAUUGCAGACGACGCUAGUGAGGGAUAUGUUUUAAUAAUUUUAAAGCGCUUAGAGCUUUAUGAUAAGCGCUAUAUAAAAAAUGCCUAAAUAAAAUAAAAUAAAAUAUCGGGCGAUAGUUGGCAGGGUCGGAAUGCUCCCCUUUCUUGUAAAUUGGAGUGACAUGCGCUGUUCUCCAGUCUGCUGGAACAUUUCCUGUGCAUAGUGACGAUUGGAAGAGGAUUGUCAGUGCAGGAGCGAUUUCUUUGUCUAAUUCUUUGAGCACUCGUGGUUUAAUGUGGCGCCAGGCAUCAAAACUUAAUGUUGUGGUCAGGACUAAAUGUGUUAAAUAUUGAAGAUCGCAGUUUCUGUUAGUGACGUUUGAGAACUGUUCCUAAAAUCUUUUUUGAGUACAUUUAUGCGUCUUUAGUUGACAUUGACAUGCGUCUUUAGUUGACAUUGACAUGUGUCUUUAGUUGACAUUGACAUGCGUCUUUAGUUGACAUUGACAUGCGUCUUUAGUUGACAUUGACAUGCGUCUUUAAUUGACAUUGGCAUGUGUCUUUAGUUGACAUUGACAUGUGUGUUUAGUUGACAUUGACAUGCGUCUUUAGUUGACAUUGACAUGCGUCUUUAGUUGACAUUGACAUGUGUCUUUAGUUGACAUUGACAUGUGUCUUUAGUUGACAUUGACAUGUGUCUUUAGUUGACAUUGACAUGUGUCUUUAGUUGACAUUGACAUGCGUCUUUAGUUGACAUUGACAUGCGUCUUUAGUUGACAUUGACAUGAGUCUUUAGUUGACAUUGACAUGUGUCUUUAGUUGACAUUUACAUGUGUCUUUAGUUGACAUUGACAUGUGUCUUUAGUUGACAUUGACAUGUGUCUUUAGUUGACAUUGACAUGUUUCUUUAGUUGACAUUUACAUGUGUCUUUAGUUGACAUUGACAUGCGUCUUUAGUUGACAUUGACAUGCAUCUUUAGUUGACAUUGACAUGCGUCUUUAGUUGACAUUGAUAUGUGUCUUUAGUUGACAUUGACAUGUGUCUUUAGUUGACAUUGACAUGUGUCUUUAGUUGACAUUGACAUGUGUCUUUAGUUGACAUUGACAUGUGUCUUUAGUUGACAUUGACAUGUGUCUUUAGUUGACAUUGACAUGUGUCUUUAGUUGACAUUGACAUGUGUCUUUAGUUGACAUUGACAUGUGUCUUUAGUUGACAUUGACAUGUGUCUUUAGUUGACAUUGACAUGUGUCUUUAGUUGACAUUGAAGCACUUUUUACAUCCGCUUUUUUUUUUAGCUUCCCAUUCAUUUUGCCCGCGUGUUUGUCCGGUUAAUCUCUUGUAACGUGUUUGUCCGGUUAAACUCUUGUAAUGUGUUUGUCCGGUUAAACUCUUGUAACGUGUUUGUCCUGUUAAUCUCUUGUAACGUGUUUGUACGGUUAAACUCUUGUAACGUGUUUGUCCGGUUAAACUCUUGUAACGUGUUUGUCCGGUUAAACUCUUGUAAUGUGUUGUUCUGGUUAAACUCUUGUAACGUGUUUUUCUGGUUAAACUCUUGUAACGUGUUUGUCCGGUUAAACUCUUGUAACGUGUUUGUCCGGUUAAACUCUUGUAACGUGUUUGUCCGGUUAAACUCUUGUAGCGUGUUUGUCCGGUUAAACUCUUGUAACGUGUUUGUCCGGUUAAACUCUUGUAACGUGUUUGUCCGGUUAAACUCUUGUAACGUGUUUGUCCGGUUAAACUCUUGUAACGUGUUUGUCCGGUUAAACUCUUGUAACGUGUUUGUCAGGUUAAACUCUUGUAACGUGUUUUUCUGGUUAAACUCUUGUAACGUUUUUGUCCGGUUAAACUCUUGUAACGUGUUUUUUCUGGUUAAACUCUUGGAACUCAACUAUCUACAUAUUCCCUCCGUCCGACGGACUCGAAAUUGUAUAUGGUAACCUAAUCCCGAAGACGGUACAACCCAACUUCAAAUCUUGCACCUCAAUGUUGAUCCACCUCCUAAUGUCCCAUUGAAUUGAAAAUUGUGUACACUUAGCCAUCCCCAUUUGGCGGUACAAUCAGGCCACAGGGUGUGAUAAAUAAAGGAGAAUAAAGUCAAAAACGUCUUCUUUUUUUUUUUUUAAAUUAAAAAUACUCUCAAAUCGAUUUGAUAAACACACCUUUAUUAAAACGCUCAGAAAAGUACAAAAUAAUUUUUGUUUAAAAACACCAGGAUCUUCUUAUCAUGAAUCUUAUCUACAAAACUAAAACGUUGUUAUAACUGCUACUCGUGUAUCUUAUUUUAUUUUGGCUCUGUUUGAAAAUCGUUUUCAGCAGAUUUGAGUGUGUGGGGUUAGGAGGUUGGGUUGGGGGGGGCGGGGGGUAGUUGUUAAUACAACUUUUCUAAUCAGGUUUCCUUCUUAUAACGUUUGAAUAAUAAUAUAUGAAUGAAUCUUAGUGUUAUAAAUACAAGUUUACUUUUUUCAUACACUUAAUAGUGGGGUUUUUUUUUUUGGUCAAUGUACUAACAAUGAGUUUUUAAUUAUUUUAUUUUUUUUUAAUCUUUCCAAUCAAAUCAGUUCUAAUACCAAUUUUUUUAAUUUAAACAAAAUAGCUAAUUUUAAGAAAAGCAUUGGGUCAACAAUCUUGAAAUGGGUAGAAUUAGACUGGAACUUUCUAAUGUCAUACUGCUACACAGGGCAAUGCAGACAUUCCUGUUCGUUUACUUGUCUUUACUGCAGAUAAAUGUUGCACUUAGAUUUUUUUUUUUAAAUAGUUGAGCUGCUCAAACAAUAACCAGUGCUCGUUAUUUCUUUCAAAGGAAAAGGCGCUGUCAGUUCAAGGACACGUCAAAACGCAUGUGAAUGAGAUGAAAGGCAGCUCAAAUGUUGUAUGUUAAUACUGACGCCUUAUGUACAUACAGUUUUAUAUAAUCGUGUGGAACACAUACGACUUGAACACGUGCAACUUGAACACAUGUGACUUGAACACGUACGACUUGAACACGUACGACUUGAACACAUACGACGCGAACACAUACGACUUGAACACAUACGACUUGAACACAUACGACUUGACAACAUACGACUUGAACACAUACGACUUGAACACAUACGACUUGAACACGUACGACUUGAACACAUACGACUUGAACACGUACGACUUGAACACAUACGACUUGACAACAUACGACUUGAACACAUACGACUUGAACACAUACGACUUGAACACGUACGACUUGAACACAUACGACUUGAACACAUACGACUUGAACACAUACGACUUGAACACAUACGACUUGAACACAUACGACUUGAACACAUACGACUUGAACACAUACGACUUGAACACAUACGACUUGAACACGUACGACUUGAACACAUACGACUUGAACACAUACGACUUGAACACAUACGACUUGAACACAUACGACUUGAACACGUACGACUUGAACACAUACGACUUGAACACAUACGACUUGAACACAUCCGACUUGAACACAUACGACUUGAACUCUUACGACUUGAACACAUACGACUUGAACACCUACGACUUGAACACAUACGACUUGAACACAUACGACUUGAACACAUACGACUUGAGCACAUACGACUUGAACACAUACAACUUGAACACAUACGACUUGAACACAUACGAAUUGAACACAUACGACUCGAGCACAUACGACUCGAGUAUUGGAGCCUAACACCUUCUCAUAUUGGGUUCUGAAGGAAGGGGUUAGGGCUUUUGACAUGUUAGACUUACAAUAAUAUUCUACAGCACGUAUCAAACCCACAAGUUGUUUUUAUUUCCCAUGUCUCAAAAUUUGCUUUGGGUAACGGCGUAGGAUGUGAGCGGGGCGCAGGGGGGAGCUCCGCCCCGGAUGGUACACGCCCCAGCUACGCUACUUCUAAGAGAUCUCAUUUGCAAACAGUUGGAACUGAAAACCUCAUUUCCAUUUUUUGCCCAUAGCGUUACAAUGGCAUUUGUUUCAUUAAACAAUUGUGUGCUACCAGAUAGUCAGGUCUCCAUGACUGUGUAGGUGCUCUCAACAAGACUUUAUUUAUUUCUUAAUCAUUUCGGUUCCGUGCUUUUAUUUCGGAUCUAAACAUUUCAAAGUGGUCCACAAAGAUGUAUGGGGUUACUAAGAGGUGUAGAAGGAAUGGCUCAAUACAAAGAUGUAAGGCAGAACACCCCAUAGGCCGAGCCCCCUGUCAGCAGAACACCCCAUAGGCCGAGCCCCCUGUCAGCAGAACACCCCAUAGGCUGAGCCCUCUGUCAGCAGAACACCUCAUAGGCCGAGCCCCCUGUCAGCAGAACACCCCUUCAGCAGGAAACCCCGUCAGCAGAACACCCCGAUAAUAGAACACCCCUAGGCCAAACUACCCAUAUACCAGCCUAAGAUCACGUUAGGACCCUAAUAAUUACAAAAGCCUGACUUAACGAUUGAGCAAAAGUCAUCAACUCGACCAGGUGGCUGUAUUCCAUCAAAUAGGAUUGGGUACUUUUGGGAUGGAAGCUGGUCUGACCAAAAAAAAUAAGAACCUUACCAAUCAAAUUUUCUUUCAAGUUUAGCUAUUCGGAGACUAUGUUUAUAUUUGUUCCUCUUUUGCGCUAGACACACAAUAUUUUGUAAUAGAAAGUUCCUUAAGAUUGGGGUCAAUAACCUCAGAACCCUCGGCCUACAUGCCUUGUACCAAAAUCUUUCUUUAAAUGAUAACCAGAUCGAUUUGUGUUGACCUGGUUGCCAUGACAAUGGUCAUACGCUUCUAUUGCUCUCUCAGAUUUCUUUGUAAUAAUUUCCCGCACAUUACUAUUUUUUACUCAUUAGUCUAAUCUUGAUUUAGUGCUUUCCAAAGAACUAACAAGACCAGACUCCCAACUACUGGACUUGACCAGACUCCCAACUAGUGGUCUUGACCAGACUCCAAACCUUUGGUCUUCACCAGACUCCCAGCUACUGGACUUGACCAUACUCCCUGUUACUGGUUUUGACCAUACUCUCUGUUUCUGGUCUGGUGCAAAGGUAACGGUGAAAUCCUGCAUCCUGGGAUCCUUGUUUAUAUUUUAAGCAACUCUAUGGUGUGGGGGAUGACCUCAUUUCGGCUCCAUAUCCCUUCUCCAACCCCCGCCCUACCCGAUCACGUAGACAGAAUCGGCAACUAUUUAAUUUUUUUAAUAAAUGGUUGUUAAUAAUUAUAAUGAUUAUCCUGAAUUAAAAAAAUACUAAUUUCCUUUAAUUUUGAAAAAAUAGUUUGAGUAUAUAGAUUCCAGGGGCGAAACAAACCUGUGACUCAAGGCAUGGGGGGGGGGCGCCAGAGUCAGAGCUAGACUUGUCACUAUUGUUCCUCAUUCUGACUCUGAUAGAGGCACUGCCCACCCUUACAUCUGAACCCCCAAACCCCCCCCUCCCCCGGGACACACACACAAAAACCCCACACACAAAAAAAUCUGAAUAACCCUUGCCUGUGACUGCUACGUCAUGGCUUGUGCGGAGAGCGAUUCAGCCGCCAACAGUUUUAUUGUUCACGUUGAGCUGCGCUUGUUCCCGAUAUUUCCAGUGCGCCGCAGUAAUUAGCACUUAAGUGAAGGGACGUAAAGAUUCCAUUCACCGUAAAAGACCCUGGACAUUAAAAAAAAAAAAAGACCUUGACAAGGAAAUGGACGUUAAUUGUAUUAGGUUGCUUUUAUCUCCCCCCCCCCCCUUUUUUUGUGUUCAAAGUGUAUCAUCUUAAGCUCAGAAGUCGGGUCGAUGGAGCUCUAGCCGUCGUGGACAUGUAAAAUUGUUACUAAACUCUUUAAAACUACAUAGUAUGACAAAUUGGACAGAAAUAAUAAUAAGAAACCUCACAAACAGUGUUGAUGGCGUCUUUAAAAGACAAAAACCCAACUUUUAUAACGCUAGGCCAAGACUGGUGUUUGUUCAGGAAAUACUGUCUCUCUAUCUUUAAGCCAAAAUUUCGUCAGGUUUGACUCAAACGUUCAUUGCUGACAUUCUUCAGCACACAGAUAUGUUACACGGAGGAAUUCAGUCUAUCAAAGUUUUGUAGGUAGUUGAUUUACCCGAUUGGUUUGUUGUUAAAAGAGUAGAUGUUUAUACGCCUUGGGAAUCAAGGAAAUAAAGAUGUAAAACUAUAAUAACCAGUUAUUGUAUAGCUGUUGAUUGCAUAGCCAGUCAUUGUGUAGCCAGUGUUUUUUAUAGCCAGUGUAUGUAUAGCCAGUGAAUAUACAGCCAGUCAUUGUAAAGCCACUGAUUGUAUAGCCAGUCAUUGUGUAGUCAGUGAUUGUAAACAUGUAUAGUUCGUCCUUCGCAUGCGAAGAUGACCGAUGCAUCUACUCGAGUAGCAGCCUUGACUUGAGCUGUAUUUUGUUUUAACAAAGUGAGAGCUGGUCAUUUCGUCAGCCUGACUUUCUGGUGCAUUGCCUGUGACCAGCAGUGCUUCUUGUGUGGCUCACUAUGCUCUCCGUGCUGAUUUGUUGUCGAAAUUUGUAUUGCGUCAUACCGCCUACGGGACUACAGGGGGGGGGGGGGGGGGAAUCUGUUGUUUGUUAUUUUACUUGUCUAGGCUUUUACUUGGGAUAAAACUCCAGUGCACAAGCUUGUUAAUGACUCAGUUUAGACCGCCAUUCAUUGUACAGCCAGUGAUUGUGAAGCCAGUGAUUGUAGAGCCAGUGAUUGUAUAGUCAUUGAUUGUAUAGCAAGUGAUUGUAUAACCAGUGAUUGCAUUGUCAUUGAUUGUAUUACCAGUGAUUGUGUUGCCAGUGAUUGUUCAGCCAUUGAUUUACAGCCGGCGAUUGUAUAGCCAGUGAUUGCACAGUUAUUGAUUGUAUCGCUAGUGAUUGUAUAACCAGUGAUUGUAUAGCCAGUGAUUGUAUAGCCAGUGAUUGUAUUACCAUUGAUUAUAUAGCCAUUGAUUGUAUAGCAAUUGAUUGCAUAGGCAGUGAUUGUACAGCCCAUGAUUGCAUAGCCUCGCCAACUCAGUCAGUAGGUCAUCAGGGGAGUCCAGGUGUAGUUGGUUCUAGUUUUAUUCAAUACCCGUUGCGGCACAUCUGGUUUCAUCAAUGUUCCUGCUUUGUCUCUCGUGUUUCGACCUAUCAGGUCGGUGCUACCAAUAUCUCAUUUAUUUAUAAAAGAAGACUGUUGUAAUAACAAUUAUUGGUCCCAUCCUCCCUCCUCCAUCCUUGCAGAUAAAAUAUCUUCAGUCUGAUACUAACGAUUUAGUGGAUUAUUUAAAAAAUAUUUUUGUGCACAAUUACUUAGAUGGCUCGACAACAAGUAUGUUAUACUUAAGCGAUCACUGACUUCUUCACAGUGAUUUCUCUACAGUGAAUCCCAAUUCUCUUGCCAUUUUCCCAACACUUUGGUUGAUAACACUCACCAUUACAUCAUUGAUCGUGACCUACUACCACCAGGAACUCCGCCUUGGCCGGUCCCAAGCCCGGCUGCAAAUGGAGGGGGGGGGGCGACAGAAACAUGAAGAAAAAAACAAACGAUUUCAGCACCGACAAGAGAGGGCUUUUCUUCCCCAUGAAGAGUUGUGAAGCUUUGCGGCCAAAAGCCAGGUUAUACUGUAAGCCUUAAAGCCGAGAACCCUCUUUUCAAAGGCAAUAAGCAUAGGGCUCUUGAAAUGUUCGAACCAUAAUAUAUGAAACAGUACAAUCCGCACAAGUGGUGACAGAAAUGGGAACAUACCAACACACUGUUCGGCAUUUGUGAAUACAAGAUAGACUCAAACUGAACAGGUAACCUUGGCCUCGGGAAAAAACACUGAUAUACUCAGGGAAUGGGGAUUAAAAUGCUCCACGCACUUACACACACUGAGUCGCGUUCAUGAUGAAACGGGUGGCAUAAGAGGCAUUGAUAGGAUGGGAAGUCCAUAGUCCAAGAAUUCAUUACAGCAAAUUUUCGAAUAAAGAAGAAGAAAUUAAAUAUGAAUGUAAUACAGUGCUAUGCAAACACCAAAGAUGUAAGGAAGAUGAAAAGAAGCUUUCUACAAAAGACUAUAAUUCAUACUGGAAAAAUAUCCCGGUAGAGAUCUAAAUAUCAUAAUGGGAUUUCUAAAUGCUUAGAGUGUAAAAGAAAACAGUGGUAUGAAAAAAAUAUGGGGCGCUAUGUUAUAGGAGAGAGAAAUGAGAACGGUGAAAGGCUGUCAGAUUUCUGCGCAGCAAAUGAGCUCAUUAUUUGUGGAAGCGAAUUGUUGCAUUAAAAUAUCCACAAGGUAAAUUGGGUGUCCCCUGAUAAAAGAACACUAAACUAAAUUGAUCAUGUAUGCAUAAGCUAACAAUUCAGAAGGUCUCUGCAAGAUGUCAGCGAACAAAAAGGUGGUGUUACAUCUGAUCACCAUCUAGUUUGGGAAAGACUCAAGGUAAAGCCUUGUACUCUUGAUGUAGUUGAGCAACUCAGCCAGAAGAUGCAGCCUUGUGCUGUUGAUGUAGUUGAGCCACUCAGUCAGAACAUGCAGCCUUGUAAUUUUGAUGUAGUUUAGCCACUCAGUCAGAACAUGCAGCCUUGUAAUUUUGAUGUAGUUUAGCCACUCAGUCAGAACAUGCAGCCUUGUAAUUUUGAUGUAGUUUAGCCACUCAGUCAGAACAUGCAGCCUUGUAAUCUUGAUGUAGUUGAGCCACUCUGCAAGAAUAUGCAGCCUUGUAAUUGUGAUGUAGUUUAGCCACUCAGUCAGAACAUGCAGCCUUGUAAUUUUGAUGUAGUUGAGACACUUAGCCAGAACAUGCAGCCUUGUGCUGUUGAUGUAGUUGAGCCACUCAGUCAGAACAUGCAGCCUUGUAAUUCACUCAGUCAGAACAUGCAGCCUUGUAAUGUUGAUGUAGUUGAGACACUCAGCCAGAACAAGCAGCCUUGUAAUGUUAAUGUAGUUGAGACACUCAACCAGAACAUUCAGCCUUGUAAUGUUGAUGUAGUUGAGCCACUCAGCCAGAACAUGCAGCCUUGUAAUGUUGAUGUAUUUGAGCCACUCAGCCAGAACAUGCAGCCUUGUAAUUGUGGUGUAGUUGAGCCACUCAGUCAGAACAUGCAGCCUUGUAAUGUUGAUGUAGUUGAGCCACUCAGCCAAAACAAGCAGCCUUGUAAUGUUGAUGUAGUUGAGCCACUCAGCCAGAACAUGCAGCCUUGUAAUGUUGAUGUAGUUGAGCCACUCAGCCAAAACAAGCAGCCUUGUAAUGUUGAUGUAGUUGAGACACUCAGCCAGAACAAGCAGCCUUGUAAUGUUGAUGUAGUUGAGCCACUCAGCCAGAACAUGCAGCCUUGUAAUGUUGAUGUAGUUGAGCCACUCAGUCAGAACAUGCAGCCUUGUAAUGUUGAUGUAGUUGAGCCACUCAGCCAGAACAUGCAGCCUUGUAAUGUUGAUGUAGUUAAGCCACUCAGCCAAAACAAGCAGCCUUGUAAUGUUGAUGUAGUUGAGACACUCAGUCAGAACAUGCAGCCUUGUAAUGUUGAUGUAGUUGAGCCACUCAGCCAGAACAUGCAGCCUUGUAAUGUUGAUGUAGUUGAGCCACUCAGCCAGAACAUGCAGCCUUGUAAUGUUGAUGUAGUUGAGCCACUCAGCCAGAACAUGCAGCCUUGUAAUGUUGAAGUAGAUGAGACACUCAGCCAGAACAUGCAGCCUUGUAAUGUUGAUGUAGUUGAGCCACUCAGCCAGAACAUGCAGCCUUGUAAUGUUGAUGUAGUUGAGCCACUCAGCCAGAACAUGCAGCCUUGUGAUGUUGAUGUAGUUGAGCCACUCAGCCAAAACAAGCAGCCUUGUAAUGUUGAUGUAGUUGAGCCACUCAGCCAGAACAUCCAGCCUUGUAAUGUUGAUGUAGUUGAGCCACUCAGCCAGAACAUGCAGCCUUGUAAUCUUGAUGUAGUUGAGCCACUCUGCAAGAAUAUGCAGCCUUGUACUCUUGUUGUAGUUGAGCUACUCAGCCAGACCAUGCAGUCUUGUAUUGUUGAUGUAGUUGAGCCACUCAGUCAGAACAUGCAGCCUUGUAUUGUUGAUGAAGUUAAACCCUUCAGUCAGAACAUGCAGUCUUUUAAUGUUGAUGACGAUGAACCACUCAGUCUGAACAUGCAGCCUUGUAAUGAUGAUCUAUAAGUUGAGCCAUUCAGACCGGUAAUAUGUAUUUAUUUACCAGCUCAACUCUAAAAUCCCCUAACGUCAUAUCUAGAUAUUUUUUUUUUCAUGAUUAAUUUAUUUCUAUAACAUAUGUCGUUUUCAAAAAAUUGCAAUGCAAUAUAUUUUAAUUUUAAGAACCUUUACAUAAUGUUUAACUGUUAUGUUCAAGUGUGAGCAUUCUAUGAACUUAAGAACGUCAAAAUCACAUUAAAACUUUUACAGAUAUUCAAACAUUACCGAUUUUUAGAAGCCACCAGUUUCAGAUAAUUUGAUUAUACCAUUGUAACUACUCCAUUCGUUACUUAGGGAAUGUCCUGUAGUUUACUCUGGCUAGAGGACGUCAGGACUUGUCUGCCUAGAGAACGUCAAGACAUUUCUGACUAGAAGACGUCAGAGCUUGUCUGACUAAAGGACGUCAGGACUUGUCUGGCUAGAGGACGUCAGGACUUGUCUGGCUAGAGGACGUCAGAUCUUGUUUGGCUAGAGGACGUCAGGGCUUGUCUGGCUAGAGGACGUCAGGGCUUGUAUGACUAAAGGACGUAAGGACUUGUCUGGCUAGAGGACGCCAGAUCUUGUUUGGCUAGAGGACGUCAGGGCUUGUCUGGCUAGAGGACGUCAGGGCUUGUAUGACUAAAGGACGUAAGGACUUGUCUGACUAAAGGACGUAAGGACUUGUCUGACUAAAGGACGUCAGGACUUGUCUGGCUAGAGGACGUCAGGACUUGUCUGGCAAGAGGACGUAGGGGCUUGUCUGGCUAGAGGACCUCAGAUCUUGUUUGGCUAGAGGACGUCAGGGCUUGUCUGGCUAGAGGACGUCAGGGCUUGUACGACUAAAGGACGUAAGGACUUGUCUGACUAAAGGACGUCAGGACUUGUCUGGCUAGAGGACGUCAAGGCUUAUAUGACUAGAGGAGAUUAGGGCUUGUCUGGCUAGAGGACUUCAGGACUUGUCUGGCUAGGGGACGUCAGGGCAUGUCUGACUAGAGGACGUCAGGGCUUGUCUGACUAGAGAACGUCAGGGCGUGUCUGACUAGAGGACGUCAGGGCAUGUCUGAUUAGAGGAAGACAGGGCGUUAACGAUGUUCUUCACAGCCAAACAUUAUUUGUGAUAAAGUUCACUAACCCUUGACAUCCAUGUUUUUUAUUAAGUCUCUGGCACAUAAAUUUGUUAUCUCUAUUCACCGUUCUUUUCAUUCAUUUGGCUCUAAGUCCGUCACUUCGUUCUUUCCAAUACAUCUCUCUACACAUUUUUCCUUCUAAAUGUUUGUAUUCCCCCUUUUUCAUCCCCCCUUUUCCAUCCCCUUUUCCAUUCCCCUUUUCCAUCCCCCUUUGCGCCGCCUUUUCCUUUUUCCCUCUACCCACCCCCUUUUCCAUCCCCCCUUUCCUAUCGCCUUUUCCUACCCCUUUACCAUAUUCCCCUUGCUCUGCCCCAUAGCUCUGCCCCAUAGUCUCGUGUCCCUCGCUCGCUUCCCGCAUUCAUUUGGACAUUCGCCCAUCCAAUUGUUCUAUCAGCUGAACAUUCAAUGUUUUCUUUCAACGUUACCAUCCGCCUUUUUCUUAUCCAAGUCUUUCUUUAAACAAUCACAAAAUAUAUCUUUAAACAAUCACAAAAUAUAUCUUUAAACAAUCACAAAAUACAUCUUUAAACAAUCACAAAAUAUAUCUUUAAACAAUCACAAAAUACAUCUUUAAACAAUCACAAAAUACAUCUUUAAACAAUCACAAAAUAUAUCUUUAAACAAUCACAAAAUAUAUCUUUAAACAAUCACAAAAUACAUCUUUAAACAAUCACAAAAUACAUCUUUAAACAAUCACAAAAUACAUCUUUAAACAAUUACAAAAUACAUCUUUAAACAAUCACAAAAUACAUCUUUAGCAAUCAGGAAAUACAUCUUUAAACAAUUAUAAAAUACAAUUUAAACAAUCAUGAAAUAUAUCGUUAAAUAAUCACAAAAUAUAUCUUUAAACAAUCACAAAAUACAUCUUUAAACAAUCACAAAAUACAUCUUUAAACAAUCACAAAAUAUAUCUUUAAACAAUCACAAAAUAUAUCUUUAAACAAUCACAAAAUACAUCUUUAAACAAUCACAAAAUAUAUCUUUAAACAAUCACAAAAUACAUCUUUAAACAAUCACAAAAUACAUCUUUAAACAAUCACAAAAUACAUCUUUAGCAAUCAGGAAAUACAUCUUUAAACAAUUAUAAAAUACAAUUUAAACAAUCAUGAAAUAUAUCGUUAAAUAAUCACAAAAUAUAUCUUUAAACAAUCACAAAAUACAUCUUUAAACAAUCACAAAAUACAUCUUUAAACAAUCACAAAAUAUAUCUUUAAACAAUCACAAAAUACAUCUUUAAACAAUCACAAAAUACAUCUUUAAACAAUCACAAAAUACAUCUUUAAACAAUCACAAAAUAUAUCUUUAAACAAUCACAAAAUACAUCUUUAAACAAUCACAAAAUACAUCUUUAAACAAUCACAAAAUACAUCUUUAAACAAUUACAAAAUACAUCUUUAAACAAUCACAAAAUACAUCUUUAGCAAUCAGGAAAUACAUCUUUAAACAAUUAUAAAAUACAAUUUAAACAAUCAUGAAAUAUAUCGUUAAAUAAUCACAAAAUAUAUCUUUAAACAAUCACAAAAUACAUCUUUAAACAAUCACAAAAUACAUCUUUAAACAAUCACAAAAUAUAUCUUUAAACAAUCACAAAAUACAUCUUUAAACAAUCACAAAAUACAUCUUUAAACAAUCACAAAAUACAUCUUUAAACAAUCACAAAAUAUAUCUUUAAACAAUCACAAAAUACAUCUUUAAACAAUCACAAAAUACAUCUUUAAACAAUCACAAAAUACAUCUUUAAACAAUUACAAAAUACAUCUUUAAACAAUCACAAAAUAUAUCUUUAGCAAUCAGGAAAUACAUCUUUAAACAAUUAUAAAAUACAAUUUAAACAAUCAUGAAAUAUAUCGUUAAAUAAUCACGAAAUGCAUCUUUAAGCAAUCACAAAAUACAUCUUUAAACACUCACAAAAUACAUCUUUAUAAAAAUCACAAAAUACAUCUUUAAACAAUCACAAAAUACAUCUUUACACAAUCACAAAAUACAUCUUUAAACAAUCACAAAAUACAUCUUUACACAAUCACGGAAGAUAUUAGUUAAAUACUCUCAUUAAGAAUUACAGGAUUACAUGAAAGGAGAUGUGUAUUUAGGGAUAUAAAUAGAAACAAUGGGAAAACAACCAAUAGAAAAAAAAUCAAACUUGAUGCCUUUAAUCACUCAAACGGCUUAAUCUGUUCCACUGAAAAGAUACCCACGGGUCUUUCACGUGGUCAUUGUGGUCUCCUGGUUUGAAGGCCGGGGGAGGGACGGUAUUCCCCCGUCCCUGUCUCUCUACGGCAGCCCCAUCACGAUAUUAAACUCCCAUUAUUUCUGGUCAGAAAAUCAAUGCAAGAAGACUAUUGACAAAUAAAUUUAAUGAUUCAGAAAGGAAAAAAACAACAACAACGAAAAUGUGAAAUGAUGUUUAAAUGUUCCUGCCAUCUUAAUGAGGAAUGGCAAGAUCACGGCCAGGUCUCCAUGGGAAUAAACUCGGCCAUAUGACUCAUCGAAACAAAACAUGUUUACUAGAUGGCGAGUUGUAUAAAAUGCCUGCUAACUCGACGGUAAUAUUUGCACACGUGUAUUACAAGAUUUAUUUGAUGUCUUUCAAUUUGAUGGCUCAAAACUGGUAAGUCCUUUUUACUGCACUUUCACCGAACUUUAAACGAACCGAUUCACAAAUAUUUCAAAAUAUUUUCAUUUCCUGUGACAAUAUGGCCAUGUUUUAGCUUGGCGUGUCGAUAUUCCCGUCGUGGGCCACAGCUGGCGUCAAUCGCCCGAGUUACCAUCGCUCAAAAGCUCACAAAUUCAUAAAAGCCGUGUGCUCCCAUUCUCAUGAAUACAGCGAGUGUCUAGAGGCGUUAUACUUAUCGUACCACAUUAGUAAACACCAGCGAUCACCCGCGGCCCGCCAAACUUUGGCGACCACAAUGCGUGGACUUCCCAUCUACUCAAGUUGCUUGACUAAAGAUGCAUUCUGCUUACGCCUUUUAUAAAAUGGCCAAUUACAGUCAUCCCUCAACCCUCCCCCACCCCUGUUCACAACCACAUACUUUUUUUCAGGCCCCUGAACAAUAUUAAAAGCAAAUGUGCUACCCCCUUUUUAUAACGCAGACGUCAGGACAUGUCAGGGUACCAUAUUUAAAUUGAGACAAUUUCCGUCAAACAAAAGAAAACAUUACGCACCGCCGCACACACUGGGGCUGUUGUUACGAAUCUCAUUGAGCUCAGUUGUCAGGAUCUUUAUUUAGUGAAAUCAGCGCCACCUGGUGGCGUUUGUGACAUUUUACAUAGAGAACUAUGUAUUUGAUACCAAGAGCAUGUGAUGUUACAGGGUUUGACUGAAAUGUAAAACAAUGGUUAAUGGAAUAUUUUUGUUCAGCUGUUAAAAUAUUUCUUCUUCUUCUCCUAUAUAUUAAGGACCCACGAUCAAUUUUGAUCAUUUUGGCUCCUAUGCAUGUAGAGGGGAUUUGCAAUGUUUCUGUGCCUGGUGUUGACGAGGAUAUAUCACUGGCUGCAAGUGCUACUUUGUGAGGGAAUCAUGCACUGGGGGCUGGAAGGCUUGAGGCAAUAGACGCAAAUGUGUCUAGUGUUGUGGCCUCAACAGUUCCUUUUGAAAGCUUGUUUGAUUCCCUGAUUGUCUUGGGCAGGAAUGAGCAGUUUCUAUACUGGCUUAUUGCUGGUAUGAGCCGGAAUAGCCUGUCAUGGCCUCGUUGCUGUCUAUGGGGGAGAGGGACGAGUUUCUGUUUAGUGGACCAGCCCAUGAUUUAUCUUGCACAUCAUGGAGAGCCUGGAUUGUCGUCGUUCCUCCAAUGGUGACCAGCCCAGUGUUUCCAGCAUGAUGCCAACACUAGAGGUAUUCCUGUAUCGGUUCAGGACAAAGCGUGCGCCCGUCGCUGGACCGCCUCCAACCUGUCAAUGCUCUUCUGGGUAAAUGGGUCCCAGACUGAAGAUGCAUAAUCUAAAACCGUGAAUAACACACACAAAAUGUUAAACCUGGGUGCUAGUAAAAAUGUUAUUCCGUGGGUCGGAAAAGAAAAUUUCUCAAUAAAAUCAUUAUUAUCCACACAUAACUCAGUAAUUAAAUACAAAUAUGCUAAAUUACAAUUAGUAAGAACAAAAACCUAAUCAAUAAUAAUUUUAUUACUAGAGACAUUUAGAUAUUCUUCAGUAUUCCUUGCUAAAUAGAAUGCAUUCCCGAACCAAGGUUUACUUCAUUACGACACUUGAAACUAAAACACAUGUUUACUCUUUAAAAUUUCUAACCAAUUUGUAAUGGUUUAAAUUCACCCAUUUUUUAACAGCCAAAAUUGACACACCAAUUCAGGUAACGUUUAGUAUUGGCAAACUUUUCGGUCAGACUAUUUGGUCAGACUAUUCGGUCAGACCUUUCGGUCAGACUAUUCGGUCAGACUAUUCGGUCAGACUUUUCGGUCAGACUAUUCGGUCAGACUAUUCGGUCAGACUAUUCGGUAAGACUAUUCGGUCAGACCAUGUCACAGAACGGUUGUUCCGAGGCAGGGCUCCUGUCCUGACUUAUCACAAACUAUGUUAAUUUAGAAGUGGUCAGUACAGGACCGUUCCUCUCUGUGAUCUAAAUUUUUAGUAUCUAGUCUUUAGGACAGACAAAGCACAAAGUAGACCUGAACGAACACUAAACAACUCAAACUCCAGGUGUCCAGAUGAUGAAAAUGCUCACUGAUUGUCAGCUUUCUAUACGAAUCUCUAACGCUAUGAAUUUCUAGACUAUUUAACUGUUAACACUUCGCUACUUGCCUGUCCCAAAGUCCAUCUUUGAAUUACAGUUAUUAACACUAAAUCUGUCACUUAAGAAUUAACAUCCAUUGAUCUCCAACGCUUAAAAACAAACUAUCUCUCUUCUCCCCGGAAAUUGGCCCGCAUCUCAUUCAUCAUUUAAUACACGUGGUGUCAUACAAAGGGAACUUCCGAACCAAAAUCUAUUAUUGCUCACUGACAACAUUAUCGAAAGAACACUUGAUAAAAUCACAACAAUACCCGUCCAGCCUAUGACUCACCUGAAGGAACAAUAGAGCGCCGUUGUUAAACCCCGCCCAAGUCAUUUGUGUCCGACUAUUUGGUCAGACCAUUUGGUCAGACUAUUCGGUCAGACCAUUUGGUCAGACCAUUCGGUCAGACUAUUCGGUCAGACCAUUUGGUCAGACUAUUUGGUCAGACUAUUCGGUCAGAUCAUUCGGUCAGACUAUUCGGUCAGACUAUUCGGUCAGACUAUUCGGUCAGACUAUUCGGUCACACUAUUCGGUCACACUAUUCGGUCACGCUAUUUGGUCAAUUUAUUUUCAUCAACAUCCAAAAACAGAAAAUAUCUGACGACUCUUAUGUUGGAAGACUGAGAAUAUGGGGUAAUUUGCAAGUUAUCGUUCCUGGAGCCACUGUCACUACCUUAACUGUUGGUUCGACUCCACAAUGCAAACUUUUUAGUUCUUUAGCACUUCUUCAUACUCAUCAUUUCUUCAUAUUCAUAUUAUAUUGAUAUUUGUCUCUCCCUCUCUGCGUUUACUUUUCUCCCGUCUACUUUUUUUCUUUCUUUUUAACCGUGAUUUAUGGCGUACAGUGCAAGUAGUGACCAAACUAUGUCAUCUAUUUAGACUUGUAGUGCAGUACAAUUACCUCAAUGAGGAAACAAAAUGUAAUGCAUUGACUAGUAGAUGGAUAGAGAAAUUUUCUUUUCCGUAGUCUUAGAGGUCAGAUUCAGAGACUCAAAACUUGAGUGACACAUUUUUAACGGAGUUUGGAUUUUUACAAUUGUAUUUCUUUCGACGCUGUAUGUAAACUCGAUACAAACUUCAGGCCAACAACGUUGAUGUUUUUAUCGCUUGUUCAUUUUCUCUCAUUUGAAGAGCAUGCAUAAGAACCUUGGACAUUGUUAUGAAAUAAAAGAUUGGUAGACUAAGCUAUGAUUUUGUUGCUCGAUUCCGACUUUCUGGUCUUAACUAAAACAAAUUGCCUGAUUUAGUAAAUGGUGUGUUUCUUUAUUGUCCGUCAGUGGAACUUUAUAAAGUGAGUAACACAGAGUAGGGUUGAACCUGAAAAAAAGGAACGCAACAAAACAACGGACGUGUCGGCAGAAAGCCUUCGUCAGCGAACAAAACAACAGAAAAAAACGGUAUAAUAAUAAAUAUAAGAAAAAGCACUUAGCUUAGAAGUAGUAUCCGUGGGUAGCAAAAGAAAUGUGACAGAAAGUGAGUGAGAGAUAAAAUAGGGAAGAGCGAAAGAAAAGAGGAGAAAAAGUCCACUGCGAUAGGUCAGGACAUGAGGGGCGGAGCUAGGGUCAAGCUGUGAAGAGAGACAUGACAUUCAUCCCAUGUGGCGUAAAAGUGCCGUAAGUCAGGAUAAGCCUGUGUUCCAAAUUGACCCGGCUGGGUGUGUUCGUGCUAGCCACGAUCGCAGUUAUUGAAAAGUCCGUCUGUCCCUGGUGGUCGCUACUGUUGAAGUGUUUGGACGCGGGGCAUUGUUUAUCUUGUGUAAUAUUACGGAGGUGUUCAGUAAACCAGUCAGAGAGACGGCGUCCAGUCUCCCCUAUGUACGUCAUCUGAUAGCGGGUGCAGACACCGGCGUAGACAACAUUGCGGCUUGUACAAAGGAAACCGUCGCGUAUCUGAAAACUGCCCUUAGGGAAACGUAUGUGUUGAGUCUGGCCGUCAAAAGGGAAAGUGUUGCUACGGCUGCGUCCACACGGCUUGAUCCCAAAGUGGGAGGGGGCAGCGUUGAUACGACUGUGGAAGUUUAGUCAUAAGUCACAAUUCUUGUCAAAUAAAUUCUUCAAUUUUUUAAAAGUACAUCACAAUUCUUGUCAAAUAAAUUCUUCAAUUUUUUAAAAGUACAUCACAAUUCUUGUCAAAUAAAUUCUUCAAUUUUUAAAAGUACAUCACAAUUCUUGUCAAAUAAAUUCUUCAAUUUUUAAAAGUACAUCACAAUUCUUGUCAAAUAGAUUAUUUAAUUUUAAAAGUACAUCACAAUUUUCUUUUCGGCUUUAAUGUCUUCACCAUAUUUUCCCUUCAGACACACAAGGAGGUGGGCAAGGUAUUCAAGGCCUACUGGUGUAUCAAGGACUGGGACAGGCCCAUCUAUGGGAUACUGUUCGAGUCAUACAUGCUCUUACUUCUCUUCAUGGUGCCGGUGUGCGUCAUGAUCGUCUCCUACACGACCAUCUGCCUGGCGCUUUCACGGGGGACGAAAUUCUGGCGGCAGGCUACAAGUACACGGUGCGUAUAACUAAAUAAAAGACUUUAACUUGUAGGUAAGGCCUCUAAAUAGUUACUCAGUGUACAAAACAGAAUUUUCAUAACAUGUACUGUAACUAUUUUAAACAAUAGUCAAUAGUGUCUUAACGCAGUACGUUACAAACUUGGUAACUAUGGCCACCAGUGUACCACAGUUUAGAGAAGAGAUACCACCAGUUUAGAGAAUAGAUGGACACCAGUGUACCACAGUUUAAAGAAUAGAUGGUCACCAGUGUACAACAGUUUAAAGAAUAGAUGGUCACCAGUGUACCACAGUUUAGAGAAUAGAUGGCUACCAGUGUACCACAGUUUAAAGAAUAGAUGGUCAUCAGUGUACCACAGUUUAGAGAAUAGAUGGCUACCAGUGUACCACAGUUUAAAGAAUAGAUGGUCAUCAGUGUACCGCAGUUUAAAGAAUAGAUGGCUACCAGUGUAUCACAGUUUAAAGAAUAGAUGGUCACCAGUGUAUCACAGUUUAAAGAAUAGAUGGUCACCAGUGUAUCACAGUUUAGAGAAUAGAUGGCUACCAGUGUACCACAGUUUAAAGAAUAGAUGGUCACCAGUGUACCACAGUUUAGAGAAUAGAUGGCUACCAGUGUACCACAGUUUAAAGAAUAGAUGGUCACCAGUGUAUCACAGUUUAGAGAAUAGAUGGUCACCAGUGUAUCACAGUUUAGAGAAUAGAUGGCCACCAGUGUACCACAGUGUAGAUAAUAGAUGGCCACCAGUGUACCACAGUUUAGAGAAUACGCCCUUUAAAUGCCUGACACCAAUGCACGCGUACAUUAACGUCUUGAAUCGCUCAGUGAUCAAAGACAUUAACCGACUCCUGUGGCCGUUAACCAAAGCUUUAAAAUUCAGGGGCGUUAAUAAAGCGAUUAACCUAAGCUUUAAAAUUCAGGGGCGUUAAUAAGGCAGUUAACCAAAGCUUUAAAAUACAGGGGCGUUAAUAAGGCAGUUAACCUAAGCUUUAAAAUACAGGGGCGUUAAUAAGGCAGUUAACCAAAGCUUUAAAAUACAGGGGCGUUAAUAAAGCGAUUAACCUAAGCUUUAAAAUUCAGGGGCGUUAAUAAGGCAGUUAACCUAAGCUUUAAAAUUCAGGGGCGUUAAUAAGGCAGUUAACCUAAGCUUUAAAAUACAGGGGCGUUAAUAAGGCAGUUAACCUAAGCUUUAAAAUUCAGGGGCGUUAAUAAGGCAGUUAACCUAAGCUUUAAAAUUCAGGGGCGUUAAUAAGGCAGUUAACCUAAGCUUUAAAAUUCAGGGGCGUUAAUAAGGCAGUUAACCUAAGCUUUAAAAUUCAGGGGCGUUAAUAAGGCAGUUAACCUAAGCUUUAAAAUUCAGGGGCGUUAAUAAGGCAGUUAACCAAAGCUUUAAAAUACAGGGGCGUUAAUAAAGCGAUUAACCUAAGCUUUAAAAUUCAGGGGCGUUAAUAAGGCAGUUAACCUAAGCUUUAAAAUACAGGGGCGUUAAUAAGGCAGUUAACCAAAGCUUUAAAAUACAGGGGCGUUAAUAAAGCGAUUAACCUAAGCUUUAAAAUUCAGGGGCGUUAAUAAGGCAGUUAACCUAAGCUUUAAAAUUCAGGGGCGUUAAUAAGGCAGUUAACCUAAGCUUUAAAAUUCAGGGGCGUUAAUAAGGCAGUUAACCUAAGCUUUAAAAUUCAGGGGCGUUAAUAAGGCAGUUAACCAAAGCUUUAAAAUACAGGGGCGUUAAUAAAGCGAUUAACCUAAGCUUUAAAAUUCAGGGGCGUUAAUAAGGCAGUUAACCUAAGCUUUAAAAUACAGGGGCGUUAAUAAGGCAGUUAACCAAAGCUUUAAAAUACAGGGGCGUUAAUAAAGCGAUUAACCUAAGCUUUAAAAUACAGGGGCGUUAAUAAGGCAGUUAACCUAAGCUUUAAAAUACAGGGGCGUUAAUAAGGCAGUUAACCAAAGCUUUAAAAUCCGGGGGCGUUAUUGAAGGGGUUAACCUAAGCCAUAAUUUAAACCAGAAAUCGGAUAUUUCUGAGCUCUUUAAUUCUCAUUCAGAACUUCUUAGAUUUCAUCCACUACAACAGCGGUUCCCAACACUAUUUUUUAAAUGUCGUAACCCUUGAUAAGACUUUUCAUUUAAUAAGUAUCCCUCCCCCCUCCCUUUUCUUUUCUAAACCUAGCUCAUCCCUAACAAAGUAUAACUGGUUCUGGUUCUGGUAAUGUUUCGUUGCUACACCCAUGUACUGGCAUCUUUGCAACGGUAUAGAAAUGGAUCAGCUAAAUAAUCAAAUGAAUUAUAUAAAGCUAAUGACGUCAUAGGCUUUUAUUUUUCUAUUUUAAAACUUAUUUCCGCUUCCAUGUUUUCUUACAUACAUUAAUUUAAAAAGAAUCUGAUCAAUAAUUCAACGACCGCUGUAGUAAAAAAGUUUUUCGCAUAAAUCCUUUCUAUGCAUUUUUUAUUUUAUUUGAUAUUAAUAUUUCACCCACCCUCUUUUACACCGAAGAUGUAUUCCACCAACUAUUUCAACUAUAAAAAAAAAUUUUUUAAUUAAACAUUACGCACCAAACGCACUUGCGAUAUUUAAAUUUUAAAAAUAAAUAAAUUUUUAAAAAAGAAUUUCAUUUAGCGCAGUUAUCGGGAAUUUUAUUUCGUGAAAUUAGUAGCAUCCUAUGUCCCUAAUCUUUCCCCUGAAAAAAAAAAAAGGGGGAAAACUGAUUUUUGGAGGUGGGGCUUUACAUGUGAUAGAAUGUGUUGUCAUCGGCAACGAGUCCAUGUGAAACGUUUCAGCUCGAUGGGUUGACGGGAAGUGGGGGGCAAUUAACCGUACAAAGAUUUUUCCAGCCAGAAACACACGAACAAAAGCUAAAUGAAUAUGAAGAAUUUUAACAUUGCAAUAGAACUUUAAGCCAGAACAUUGAAGAAGGGAAAACACAAAAAGCAUUAAAAACGUUUCAACAUCGGACUUGAGUAAUGAGAACACCAUAAAGUAAUGAGAAAACAAUAAAGUAAUGAGAAAACAAUAAAGUAAUGAGAACACCAUAAGGUAAUGAGAACACCAUAAGGUAAUGAGAACACCAUAAGGUAAUGAGAAAACAAUAAAGUAAUGAGAACACCAUAAGGUAAUGAGAACACCAUAAAGUAAUGAGAAAACAAUAAAGUAAUGAGAACACCAUAAGGUAAUGAGAACACCAUAAGGUAAUGAGAACACCAUAAGGUAAUGAGAAAACAAUAAAGUAAUGAGAACAACAUAAAGUAAUGAGAACACCAUAAAGUAAUGAGAACACCAUAAAGUAAUGAGAACACCAUAAAGUAAUGAGAACACCAAAUUAUUAGGUUAACUUUUUUUCGAAAUAACAUUUUGUAAAUGAAAUGGGUUCUUUUUAUGCGGCUAAAUUUUUAAAUAUAGCUUCUCAUACAUGAACAUGUGUAAAAAUUUUAUAAAAUUCAGUUUCCGCCAUUAUCCGCAUAAUUUGUGCGUUUCUCAAGGGUAUACGCGUUCCACGGCUUGGGAACCGCUGCAAUGCAGGAUGUAGCAUAAUGUCAUCUCAACAAGAUAUAGCAUAGUUUUAUCCACUACAAGAUCCAUUGUAUUUUCCCACCAAGACAAUAAUGGUUCCCAACCUUUUUGAUUGGCAGAGCCUAUUUGUUAAACCAAUUCAUAUCCUUGGGCCGACCCAAUGUCUUCUAAGUUUUUUGUUUUUUUUAAUUUUCUAUUUAUUUCCUUGAGCUUUCGGGGAGCCCCUGACUAGUGCACGCGGGGUCAUAAGGGUGGGCGCGGGGUGGCUACAGGUUGGCAACCACUGCACUACAGGAUAUAGCGCAGUUACAGUUCUUUAUUGUCCAUGACAAGAUUCAACAAAAAGAUAGUCCCUCUUAGUGGAAGUAUGCAGUGCCCCCCCCUGUGUUAUGUGUGCGUAGUGGCCUGUGUUAUGUGUGCGUAGUGGCCUGUGUUAUGUGUGCGUAGUGGCCUGUGUUAUGUGUGCGUAGUGGCCUGUGUUAUGUGUGCGUAGUGGCCUGUGUUAUGUGUGAGUAUCGGCCUGUAUUAUGUGUGAGUAUCGGCAUGUGUUAUGUGUGAGUAUCGGCCUGUGUUAUGUGUGAGUAUCGGCCUGUGUUAUGUGUGCGUAUUGGCCUGUGUUAUGUGUGAGUAUCGGCAUGUGUUAUGUGUGAGUAUCGGUAUGUGUUAUGGGUGAGAAUCGGCAUGUUUGAUGUGUGAGUAUCGGCCUGUGUUAUGUGUGAGUAUCGGCCAGUGUAUGUGUGAGUAUCGGCAUGUGUUAUGUGUGAGUAUCGGCAUGUGUUAUGUGUGAGUAUCGGUAUGUUUUAUGGGUGAGAAUCGGCAUGUGUGAUGUGUGAGUAUCGGCAUGUGUUAUGGGUGAGAAUCGGCAUGUGUGAUGUGUGAGUAUCGGCCUGUGUUAUGUGUGAGUAUCGGCCUGAGUUAUGUGUGAGUAUCGGCCUGUGUUAUGUGUGAGUAUCGGCCUGUGUUAUGUGUGAGUAUCGGCCUGUUUUAUGUGUGAGUAUCGGCCUGUGUUAUGUGUGAGUAUCGGCCAGGGUUAUGUGUGAGUAUCGGCCAUGGUUAUGAAUGAGUAUCGGCGUGUGAUAUGUGUGAUUAUCGACUUGUGUUAUGUGUGUGUAGCGACCUGUGUUAUGUGUGAUAAUCGACUUGUGUUAUGUGUGUGUAGCGACCUGUGUUAGUGCACGAAUGGAGUUGUUUUUUUUUUUUUUUUUUUUUUUUUUUUUUUUUUUUUUUGUUUUUUGGUAAGCGUUUGCUGAAUUGGAAACACAAAUGGAAGCAUUCCUCUAAUUUAACAAAAUAAGUAUGUUUAAAUGUUGUCUUUUUUUAAAAAGGCAUACACAAAGGGAGUUAAUUGACUUAAGUAAAUUACGUUUCCUUUGUUCUCUUUGACUUGAAUUAAGAGCAAUGACGUAUGUCGUUUUUUUCUUCUAAUCAUGUUUGCCUAUUUCUUGCUAUGGCUCCCUCCGGCCUGGACUUGCAGAUUGCAUUCAUGAAAGGUUUCCUUAAUGAGCUCUUGGCGCUGGUAACGUCCCUAGAACUAGUUCAAUUAACUCCAGCCUAUAUACCCAGGUGAUGGAACUAGACCAGUCUUUUUUCCUAAUAAUGGGUUAGUGUUUGUGGACAAAAAAUAAUUAAACCUCUAGGUAAAGCAAUCACAGUACUAAGAUAUGCGGGGUUAAAUAGGUUAACCUAGUUGUUUUUUUCCUAACCGUUAUUUUUUAACCAAUGCAUUUAACUGUUGGUUGUUGUUUUUUUUAAAUAAACAUUGGUUUCUUAUUAUGAUGUUUAUUUUUGAUUGUUUAUCAAAUCAUCAACAUCUCUGAGUAAAAAGUAAAACUAGUUUCAAUUUAUCCCCGAGAGUUGAUUUUUGUUGAGCCAGGUUUAUCUGACGGACACAUUAAUCUUAAGGAGAGCUAAUGUUUGUUACAUAGAUAAAACUCACAGACACCUGAGAUUAGUUAUACAGAGACCUGAGAUGUGCUGCACAGAGACCUGAGAUGUGCUGCAUAGAGACCUGGGAUAUGUUGCCCAGAGACCUGAGAUGUGUUGCACAGAACCUGAGAGUUGUUAUACAGAGACCUGAGAUGUGUUGCACUGACACCUGAGAGUUGUUAUACAGAGACCUGAGAUUUGUUAUACAGAGACCUGAGAGUUGUUAUACAGAGACCUGAGAUGUGUUGCACUGACACCUGAGAGUUGUUAUACAGAGACCUGAGAUGUGUUGCACAGUCACCUGAGAGUUGUUAUACAGAGACCAGCGAUGUGUUGCACUGACACCUCAGAGUUGUUAUACAGAGACCUGAGAUGUGUUGCACAGACACCUGAGAGUUGUUAUACAGAGACCUGAGAUGUGUUGCACUGACUCCUGAGAGUUGUUAUACAGAGACCUGAGAUGUGUUUCACAGACAACUGAGAGUUGUUAUACAGAGACCUUGAUAUUUCUAAGGUAAGGUCGCGUUUGACUUGGCCAUCAGUCAAUUUUUAGGGCACGAUGCCCUGUACUGCCUCAACCCAAUCUUACUUUGUUUCAGGGGCACCAUGUCCUAUCCUGCCUAAACCCAAUCUUACUUUGUUUCAGGGGCACCAUCCCUAUCAUGCCUUAUCCCAAUCUUAUUUUGUUUCAGGGGCACCAUGCCCUAUCCUGCCUCAACCCAAUCUUACUUUGUUUCAGGGGCACCAUGUCCUAUCCUGCGUAAACCCAAUCUUACUUUGUUCAGGGGCACCAUGUCCUAUCCUGCCUCAGCCCAAUCUUAUUUUGUUUCAAGGGCACCAUGUCCUAUCCUGCUUCAACCCAAUCUUACUUUGUUUCAGGGGCACCAUGUCCUAUCCUGCCUCAACCCAAUCUUACUUUGUUUCAGUUCACCAUGUUCUAUCCUGCCUAAACCCAACCUUACUUUGUUUCAGGUGCACCAUGUUCUAUCCUGCCUCAACCCAAUCUUACUUUGUUUCAGGGGCACCAUGUCCUAUCCUGCCUCAACCCAAUCUUGCUUUGUUUCAGGGGCACCAUGUCCUAUCCUGCCUAUCCCAACCACACCUCCAGAUGCAGUAGUACCAAAUCCAUAUCCAGUAAAGGGACACCUGUGGAUAACAUGAUACACAACAGCCACAGGGAGAGAAUGGACAAGGAGAAAAUGAAGGUGGGUCUCGGACUGCAUUUGUUUAUUACGAUGAAUGAUGGGGUAAAAUAAUAUAAGAUAAGAUAAAUAAUAUAAGAUAAGAUAACAUAAGAUUCUUCAUUGAUCCAAAUUAAUGGAAAUUUGUUUUUAUUUAAUUGCAAAAAAAUAUUUUUAGUCUAGGCAGUAUUUUAAGGGGUCGGGGGGUCGGGGGGUUGUUGAUUUUUUUUUCUAAUAGGGAUCUUAUGUAAAAGGGUCCCCGCUAAAUUCAAAUCUCGAGAGUUAACAAAUGGUGGGGACUAUCAUGUAACAAAUGGUGUGGACCAUCAUGUAACAAAUGGUGGGGACCAUCGUGUAACAAAUGGUGGGGACCAUCAUGUAACAAAUGGUGGGGACCAUCUUGUAACAAAUGGUGGGGACCAUCAUGUAACAAAUGGUGGGGACCAUCAUGUAACAAAUGGUGGGGACCAUCAUGUAACAAAUGGUGGGGACCAUCAUGUAACAAAUGGUGGGGACCAUCAUGUUGGAGGAAGAAGCCAUGAUUUACAUAUUUGAGUCUUAAAGAGCAUAAGCAAGAAGACGCUUAGAAAAUAUAUGACACUAUNACAUAUUUGAGUCUUAAAGAGCAUAAGCAAGAAGACGCUUAGAAAAUAUAUGACACUAAAUAAAAAAAAGAAAAAUCGGGGGGGGGGUGGGGGUGGUGGGUUAUUUUUAUUCAUAGCAAAUACGUUAUAUUCGUUCAUGACUGACUUAAGGGACUUUGUUUUCUCUAAUGUAGGAUAUUUCACUACCACUAAUAGUUACACUUACCCAGUUAAACGCAACCCCCGUUAGCUUGUUAGACACGGACACUUGGUCCAGCCACCAGAUACCGCGUGCCCCCCCCCCCUCAGCCGGCCAACAGGCAUGAUCCUACCAGGACGGCCUCUAAGAGAUUCUCAACUUUAACAUUCACCAAAUGUUCAUCGAAUGCUCACUAAAUGUUCACCAAAUCUUUUCAGUACUUUAUAGGCCGAAAGAGAAUCUUAAACUCUUGUCAUAUUCCUUAAACUUCCCAAUGAACUAAUCUGGUAUAAUAUUUACAUCAAUUUUCCUCUAAUUGACAAUAUUACUUUAGGGGAAGGAAAUACCCAAGAGCAAAUCCUUAACUCAAAACAUUCAUGUUCCAAACUUGAUCACACACGCAUGCUUUUCCUCGAUGACGUCAAUUAUGCCACCCAUUUCACAAGCCAUCAGAACGCCUCAAGGUGUCGAGUCUGUGUUGAGAUCAGGUUUCUGUUUAAAAUACCAGAUAUGACAAAAAGCAACAGUGGCGAUCCCCCGUAAGGGAUUCAGUAUUGUCAGCCAUGGUUAGGGGUGCUCUCAUCUCUAAUACCACUGUUCAACGGAAUUAGACCUUCGGCUACUCUCUACAGUUAUGUAUCGGGGGGGGGGGGGGGAAAUCUUGAUUUGCCUCUCCUUUCAGGUGCUUUUUCGCCCCGUCUCUAUUCCUUUCGUCCUGGGUUAAUUAAAAUGUGUGUUUGGGGUCAGUGGUGGGGUGGGGUGGUGGGGGUGAAAUCUUGAUUUGCCUCUCCUUUCAGGUGCUUUUUCGCCCCGUCUCUAUUCCUUUCGUCCUGGGUUAAUUAAAAUGUGUGUUUGGAGUCAGUGAUGGGGUGGGGUGGUGGGUGGUGAGACGGCUGGAGACGGAGUGCGUGGACAGGGGCUGAGACAGUACAGGAAGUCAUUACGCGUGUUUGAGGGUGAGCUGGCCGUAGCCGUGUUCCCUUUAGGGGGAUCUCUUAGAUCAGUGGUUCCCAAACUUUUUUAAGUUUGGCGGACCGGUGAACAAGUUUCGAAAUUUUACCAUGGGUAGGGUGUAUGGUUUAUUUAUAUACUUUCAUUUCUAUUUGACACUAAAUAUUUAUGUUAUGGGGACCGGCAGCGUUAGGCAUGCGGACCGGUGAAGUUCCACGGAACGCCAUUUGGGGAUCACUGUCUUAGACCAACAAAACAAAUGGGGAUCAGUGAGUACAGCUGGUUUAUAUACAACCGGUUAAAAUACCACCAGUUAACAUAGAAACGAUGUUUAUACAAACAGUUAACAAGAAAAACAAAAAAAAAACAUGUAACCAGUUAACAUUCCACAAGAUAACAUACAAACUGUUAAAAUUCAACCAUACAACAUGCCACCAAUGAAAAAAUACCAUCAGUUAACAGGCAAAUUGUAGAUAUAUACCCAGUUGACAUGGCAUCUGCCAGCAUAUAAUCAGUAAUAUACCAUCAGUAACGUACCAUCAGGUAAUAUAUCACCAGGUAACACACACCCAGUUAAGAAUACCAUCAGUUAACAUACAAUCAGGUAAAAAUCAUCUGGUAACAUAAACCCAUUUUACAUACCAUCAGUUACCAUACAAUCUUUUAACAUAUAAUAAGUUAAGAUGUCACAAGUUAACAUACAAUCUUUUAACAUAUAAUAAGUUAAAAUGUAACAAGUUAACAUACAUCCUGUUAAAAUACAACCAAUUAACAUACUACCUGUAAAAUACCACAAGUUAACAUCCAACCAGUUAAAAUACUACCAGUUAACAUUCCAUUAGCUAACAUACCAAUCAGUUAACAUACCACCAGUUAACAUACCAAUCAGUUAAUAUACCACCAGUUAACAUACCAUCAGUUAUCAUACCAUCAGGUAAAAUAUCACCAGGUAAGAUAAAUCCAUUUAACAUACCGUCAGCUAACAUACCAUCAGUUAACAUAACAUCAGGUAAAAUAUCAACAGUUAACACACACCCAGUUAACAUACCAUGAGUUAACAUACCAAUAAGUUAACAUACAACCAGUUAACAUACCAUCAGUUAACAUACCAUCAGGUAAAAUAUCACCAUGUAACACACACCAAGUUAACAUACCUUCAGUUAACAUACCAUCAGGUAAAAUAUCACCAGAUAACACACACCCAGUUAACAUACCACCAGUUAACAUACCAAUCAGUUAACAUACCAUCAGGUAAAAUAUCACCAUGUAACACACACCAAGUUAACAUACCUUCAGUUAACAUACCAUCAGGUAAAAUAUCACCAGAUAACACACACCCACUUAACAUACCACCAGUUAACAAACCAAUCAGUUAACAUACCAUCAGUUAACAUACCAACAGUUAACAUACCAUCAGUUAAAAUACUAUCAGUUAACAAACAAUCACGUAAAAUAUCACCAGGUAACACACACCCAGUUAACAUACCAAUUAGUUAACAUACCACCAGUUAACAUACCAAUCAGUUAACAUACCACCAGGUAACAUACCAUUCAGUUAACAUACCAUCAGUUAACAUACCCAUUAGUUAGCAUACCACCAGUUAACAUACCAAUUAGUUUACAUACCAAUCAGUUAACUUACCACCAGUUAACAUACAACCAGUUAACAUACAAUCAGUUAACAUACCAAUCAGUUAAUUUUCCACCUGUUAAUAUACCACUCAGUUAACAUGCCAACCAGUUAACAUACCAAUCAAUUAACACAUCAAUCAGUUAACUAACCACCAGUUAACAUACCAUCAGUUAACAUACCAAUCAGUUAACGUACCACCAGUUAAAUACCACUAGUUAACUUACCACCAGUUAACUUACCACCAGUUAGCAUACCAAUAUAUAACUUAUCACGAGGUAACAUACCAUCAGUUAACAUACUAAUCAGUUAACUUACCACCAGUUAAAAACCACUAGUUAACAUAUCAAUUAGUUAACUUACCAACCAGCUGACUUACCACCAGUUAGCAUACCAAUCAGUUAACAUACCAAUCAGUUAACUUACCACUAUUUAACUUACUACCAGUUAACAUACCACUCAGUUAACAUACCACCAGUUAACAUACCAAUCAGUUAACUUACCACCAAUUAACAUACCAUUCAGUUAACAUGCCAACCAGUUAACUUACCACCAGUUAACAUACCGCUAUUUAACUUACCACCAGUUAACAUACCAAUCAGUUAACUUAUCACCAGUUAACAUACCACUCAGUUAACAUGCCACCAGUUAACAUACCACCAGUUAACAUAUCAAUCAGCUAACUUACCUCCAGUUAACAUACCACUCAGCUAACAUGCCAACCAGUUAACUUACCACCAGUUAGUAUACCACUAUAUAACUUACCACGAGGUAACAUACAUAUGUUAACAUACUAAUCAGUUAACUUACCACCAGUUAAAAACCACUAGUUAGCAUAUCAAUUAGUUAACUUACCAUAAGCUGACUUACCACCAGUUAGCAUACCAAUCAGUUAACAUGCCAAUCAUUUAACUUACCAAUCAUUUAACUUACCACUAUUUAACUUACCACUAGUUAACAUACCACAAUUUAGCCUAGCACCAGCUAACAUAUCAAUCAGUUACCUUUCCACCAGUUAACUUACCACUAGUUAACCUACAACUAGAUAACAUAACACCAGUUAACAUACCCCAAUUUAGUUAUACAUUAUUGUAUCAUCAUGUACACAAUUGUAUUAAUCAUGUACAUUAUUGUUUUAGGCAUGUACAGUAUUGUAAUUAGUUCUGAACCCCUCUGCUACAAGUGGACAUCGAGUUGAAAUUGUUAACUGAAUUAUGCAUUACAAUCACAACAUUGAUCUUCACAAUCUGAUCGUGACAGACUUCAACUAGCGAACAGCAAGCAUGAUUAUUUAUUAUUUUAUCAGUCAUCCUACAACAAAAAAAAUCUUUAAAAAUAAAGAUUCGUAUAACAUAGUCUCAUUUAAUUAUUUAUCAUUCGAAACAACGAAACAAUAAAGAAAGCAAUAUUAAAAACUUAAUUUAGUCUAACUUAAAGUACUACACAUUAGAACACCCUGAGCUUGCAUGUCUUUGUCUUAGACGCAAGACAUCAAAACACGCAUUGAUUUAUGGUCUAUCUGCAUUCCAUGUAUGUUGUUGGUUUGUUUUUUUCCGUCGAUAUCGAGUCACAAGAAGAUGCAAUCAUAAAAAUUGAUGCCUUGCUGGUAUGAUGAGAAGACUCGUUUUGCAACAUGUUACAUUUCAUUGAUACGCAAACAAUUACAUUUCAAUAUUACGUUAACGAUUACAUUUCAAUAUUACGCUAACGAUUACAUUUCAAUAUUACGCUAACGAUUACAUUUCAAUAUUACGCUAACGAUUACAUUUCAAUAUUACACUAAUGAUUACACGUCAACACUCUCGUCAGUUAUUCCAAAUAAACCGUUAUGUCUCAUUUUGUUUUGUUAAUUUCUGUGGGGCCUAAGUGGAAACAACUGAUGUUAAGGUGGUCCUCUGUGAAAUUAUUUUUCUUGUUAAAUUGAGAUUUGGUCGACCAUGACCAUUUUAAACAUGGACCUGUUGUCUGGGCUGAGUCUCUCUGUGGGGUGCACCGAGCCCAGCAGCUGUUCUGUUAGCCUCAUGUUACAAUGAGCCCAGCAGCUGUUCUGUCAGCCUCAUGUUACAAUGUGCCCAUCAGCUGUUCUGUCAGCCUCAUGUUGCAAUGAGCCCAGCAGCUGUUCUGUCAGCCUCAUGUUGCAAUGAGCCCAGCAGCUGUUAUGUCAGCCUCAUGUUACAAUGAGCCCAGCAGCUUUAAUGUCAGCCUCAUGCUACAAUGAGCCCAGCAGCUGUUCUCUUAGCCUCAUAUUGCAAUGAGCCCCUCUGUUGAAGAGUGCCACGAGUCUCUAUUCCCUGAUGACUGUCCCCCCACAUGUCCGGGUCAAUGCGAAAUGCUUUCAAAGAUGUUUUCAGUGUGUCUUUUAAGCGUUUUAUUCGAUAGUUAUCUGUAUUGCAUUUCUAUUUUAUUUCUGCCAUAGAUUUUAUAAAAGAAUUUUUAAAAAAGCUCAUAAAGAUUUAACGGGUUCUCACGGUAAACUCUUUUAUUUUUUUUAAUUAAACAUUUUUUGGUUAUUUUUUUAUCCUUCAAGUUAAGAGGAAAAUCAUAUUCGUCUGGGACAUCCUUGAAUAAUUUGACAUUUUUAAUACUCCUUUUAAGGCCUUUUUUCUGCUUAUUUUUUUUAAAAAUAUUUUCAGCGAAAAGAGAAAACUAAUUAAAGCAGGCAAUGUAAAGACGCUAAAUAAAACAGAGUAAAUUAAACUCGAACCAAAAGAGGCAUACACAAUAAGAGAACAGCCAUUCUGACACGCAUAUUCCAUUAAAGUGUGAGAAAGACAUCGAUAAUGUAAAUGUACAUGCCAACAGCGGAGGCUGGUGGAUGGGUGGGGGGCAGUUUUAAAGGGGAACCAGUUAAUCGCCAUGAGCAGAAGAAAGGGGAGAUAAUUGGAAAGAUUGUAAGCCCAGGGUCGAUGGCGUAUAUGAAGAAUGUUGUGUUAGAUAAUGUUGAGAUGAACAGAGAAGAGAGGAUGAAUGACAUCGCUCCGUGUCCAUUGGCUCAAAGUGAUAACACACAUUGCUGCGGUGAUGAAGACAGCGCCUUAAAUCAGGGGUUCUUGACCUGUGCGUCUGUAGGUACGCUUCGGGUGGGACGAGGGUGUCAUUUAACUGAUCUGAAAAAUAGGUGGGUUUUUUUUCUUAAUGUUCUAAAACAAAAAUAAUGUGUCGACUUAUUCCUUCGUAAUUCUACACGGGUCUUUUGCAAAAAACAUUUGGCUAGCUUAAAGAUAUCUUAGCAAUGUAUUUGGCUUGCUUCAAGAUAUCUUAACAAUGUAUUUGGCUUGCUUCAAGAUAUAUUAACAAUGUAUUUGGCUUGCUUUAAGAUAUCUUAACAAUGUAUUUCCAUAAACGUCAGGAUGAGGCAGACAAAUGUUCACGGCCACGUUAAUUUUUGGAUCAUUUCUUUUUUUUUUUUCGUAGAUAUGUAGUGACAUGUGUUAUUUGAUAGUCCAAUGGAUAUGUAGUGACAUGUGUUAUUUGAUAGUCCAAUGGAUAUGUAGUGACAUGUGUUAUUUGAUAGUCCAAUGGAUAUGUAGUGACAUGUGUUAUUUGAUAGUCCAAUGUAUAUGUAGUGACAUGUGUUAUUUGAUAGUCCAAUGGAUAUGUAGUGACAUGUGUUAUUUGAUAGUCCAAUGGAUAUGUAGUGACAUGUGUUAUUUGAUAGUCCAAUGGAUAUGUAGUGACAUGUGUUAUUUGAUAGUCCAAUGGAUAUGUAGUGACAUGUGUUAUUUGAUAGUCCAAUGGAUAUGUAGUGACAUGUGUUAUUUGAUAGUCCAAUGUAUAUGUAGUGACAUGUGUUAUUUGAUAGUCCAAUGGAUAUGUAGUGACAUGUGUUAUUUGAUAGUCCAAUGGAUAUGUAGUGACAUGUGUUAUUUGAUAGUCCAAUGGAUAUGUAGUGACAUGUGUUAUUUGAUAGUCCAAUGGAUAUGUAGUGACAUUUGUUAUUGGUAUGAGGCAAUGGAUGGCCGCCCAAACCCUAGUCAAUGAUUAAAAAGACGCGGCCCUGAGAAAGCCGCCCCUAGGCGACCGUUUCGUCCCCGCUACGUCCCGACCGGACAGCUCCCUGGGCGGUGGGGGGUGGUAACGCAACACCACCUCUCCGGAGAGGAAGUAAAGCCGUCCUGACCCAUAGGAGAGCGGACUACGGACGCUUUAAACGCAGCGCCCUCGGUCUGCCGGACGUCCCUCAGGCCAGGAGGGAAGUUCCCGGCGCGCUUCCGCACGUUCUGGGGCUUCGGGGGAGGCCUUGACCCGUUUGGGGGAGUGCCGGGGGGGGGGUAUUAUGAGUGCGAAAUCGACGACCCACCGACACCAUCUCCAAAGUAACGUUAUUUGAUAGUCCAAUGGAUAUGUAGUGACAUGUGUUAUUUGAUAGUCCAAUGGAUAUGUAGUGACAUGUGUUAUUUGAUAGUCUAAUAGAUAUGUAGUGACAUGUGUUAUUUGUCAGUUUGUUUAUUCUUGGAUAUAUUGUGGUCGUCAUCACUGACAGUUAUUCUUUAAUCUGACUCGGGGUCUUAAACAAAGCAUCUACCUGCUUUAAAUAAAUUUAAUUUUAAUUUACUUCAGUUAUUUUAAGUUCCUGUCGUCAGGACACAUAUUCUGGGGACCACUGUCUAUGAAGCGUCCAAUGUUUUAUUUUAUUAUUUUUUUUUUUUUUUUUUUGUGGCAAUGGAAAUGAAAUAGUAAGAAUAAAAAAUGGGGUCUUAAACAAAGCAUCUACCUGCUUUAAAUAAAUUUAAUUUUAAUUUACUUCAGUUAUCUUAAGUUCCUGUCGUCAGGACACAUAUUCUGGGGACCACUGUCUAUGAAGCGUCCAAUGUUUUAUUUUAUUAUUUUUUUUUUUUUUUUUUUUUUUUUUUUUUUUUUGUGGCAAUGGAAAUGAAAUAGUAAGAAUAAAAAAAUAAGCCUUGUAAAGGGAGAGUAUCGCGUUAUUUACAAGAAUUGAGUGCGUGGUCAACUAUGUGGGCAAUGAUGUCAAUGAAAAUGAAGGUCAAGUCUGCUCAGACCGGCCGCUUGGGGUCCUAGCAGGCCCACAUACUGACAUCGACAGGCUUAACUACCGAAUAACCAUCCGUUGUACCACGAGCGGGCAAGACGAAAAUGUGGAAUCGGAUGACUCUAUAUAAUUAUCUAUGUGAGGCUCUUAUAGCUAUCUCUGCCCAGACAAAUCAACCGCCGGCUCAGUGAACACUGCGAGUGGAAAUUGCGUCCGCCUAUAAUAUCAGAGCCUUUGGUUUCUCUGUGCCUGUACUUUUCUUUUAAUUUUUUUUUUUUAAAAUCUAGAUUCUCUGUUUGUGAUCAGUAAAAAUGACAUGUAGCGCGGUUUAAUUGUUCUUCUUUGUUGAAAUCUUAAAUAUGCAACUCGGAGUUUAUAUGGCAUCGGAAGCGGUGAGCUGGAUUUAGGAACAUGGCGUCAAACCAAAACUGGGCAUUGACCUCUGAGAACACUGUUGAUUGCCGGUGCAGCGAUGGACAGUGGGGAAAGGUCUCGUCAUAGGAUACCAUAAUAUAUCACUUUCAGUCUCAUACCAGGCGCAAGGUCACAGGGCAUCGCGGGUCAUGGUUGUCAGUGUCGCGAUGACAGGGUCUAGUUGCAAAGAAUAUGGAACUUUCCUUUUUGUAUGAAAACGCAGAACUAAUUUUAGUGGUGGAGUCAAGAUAAAAACCAUGAGUGAGAGGCCCUUAUAAAUUUCUCACCACCAUAAUGCGAAUCCAUUAUUGGGGUGUGUCAUUUCAUAUGUCUAAACUCUAAACAAAAAUAUAGGAUAACAAAUUAUUCUGUCAUUUUCUGUUAUCCCAGAAUAUUUUUUUAAUCUCUAAUCCUUGUAGAUCCGUUGUUAGAACGAAGACACAAGAUCCCAUCAACGACCAUCUCUUUUUGCCUCCUCCCAUCACUUAAAAUCUCUUUUUGCCUCCUCCCAUCACUUAAAAUCUCUUUUUGCCUCCUCCCAUCACUUAAAAUCUCUUUUUGCCUCCUCCCAUCACUUAAAAUCUCUUUUUGCCUCCUCCCAUCACUUAAAAUCUCUUUUUGCCUCCUCCCAUCACUUAAAAUCUCUUUUUGCCUCCUCCCAUCACUUAAAAUCUCUUUUUGCCUCCUCCCAUCACUUAAAAUCUCUUUUUGCCUCCUCCCAUCACUUAAAAUCUCUUUUUGCCUCCUCCCAUCACUUAAAAUCUCUUUUUGCCUCCUCCCAUCACUUAAAAUCUCUUUUUGCCUCCUCCCAUCACUUAAAAUCUCUUUUUGCCUCCUCCCAUCACUUAAAAUCUCUUUUUGCCUCCUCCCAUCACUUAAAAUCUCUUUUUGCCUCCNACUAUAAUUGAAUGGUGCCAACAGUUCUACUAUAAUUGAAUGGUGCCAACAGUUCUACUAUAAUUGAAUGGUGCCAACAGUUCUACUAUAAUUGAAUGGUGCCAACAGUUCUACUAUAAUUGAAUGGUGCCAACAGUUCUACUAUAAUUGAAUGGUGCCAACAGUUCCACUAUAAUUGAAUGGUGCCAACAGUUCUACUAUAAUUGAAUGGUGCCAACAGUUCUACUAUACUUGAAUGGUGCCAACAGUUCUACUAUAAUUGAAUGGUGCCAACAGUUCUACUAUAAUUGAAUGGUGCCAACAGUUCUGCUAUAACUGAAUGGUGCCAACAGUUCUACUAUAGCUGUUGCAGGAGAAGAUUUAUAACUCAAAAAUAAAUUUGAGUUUUUGUCGUUGAUAAUUUUCUCCCAUUGUCACUCUAGGAUAUGCAGUCCUAGUAUUUUCAGACUAAAACUUUGAAUAGUUUGAGCAAUGAAGUCUUCAUACACAAAAAAAACUGACAUUAUCUCUAACUCAACGAUUCAAAUGAUAUGCAGUCCUAGUAUUUUCAGACUAAAACUUUGAAUAGUUUGAGCAAUGAAGUCUUCAUACACAAAAAAACUGACAUUAUCUCUAACUCAACGAUUCAAAUGAUAUGCAGUCCUAGUAUUUUCAGACUAAAACUUUGAAUAGUUUGAGCAAUGAAGUCUUCAUACACAAAAAAAACUGACAUUAUCUUUAACUCAACGAUUCAAAUGAUAUGCAACUUUUCUUUUUUUAAUUAUUCAUUUAAGACCGACAUUGUUUGUUUUCACACUUAAUCUGAGAUUUCACUCAGUGGGAUAAACGGUCCCAGAUCUAUGAACCAAGCUACAAACAUUCAACUAAAACUAAAAGUAAAUACAUUUACAAAGCUCAGUAAGCAUAUCAGCCCCAGCUUCAUUAAUCCUUUUUUUUUUAAAUGUAUACUUAUUUAUAUAACAGUCUGCAAUUUCAAAAUCAAACUAGCUAAAUUAAAUUAUUUUUUAAAAGAUUAAUUCAAUGAUUAUUUAAUAGAAAUCUAGACAAACAAACCAGCAAACCAACAAACAAGAAAGCAAACCUUUAUACAACGCUAUAAACAAAACGUUUCCCUUUUCCCAGAUCCAAUCUCAUUUUUAAUUCGAUAACUCUGGUGGGUCUGCCGCAGUGGUUAUUGCGAGUAACCAACCCUGAUGAUUUGAAACGGAAUAAUUACCCCUCCCCCCCCCCUCCUCUUUUGCAUUCCUUGGCCUUUAGAGACUCGGCGGCUAUUGUGCUUGAGGCAGUGAGGCUCUCCCAGCAAUCUCCAAAUAAAUUGCUACAACUGGGCGUUCUUCUCAGAUUGCCUUCCCUACAACGCAUUCAUAUUUUUUCAGAUAAAUCGGAGAAAGAAAAUACGAUUUCUUUAAGGUUGUUGUUUUUUUUUUUUAGCCCAUUAGAAUGCUCAAGUUUUUUCCUCAAAUGUGUUUACAAGCUGAUUUAUUUCAAGUGGGUAGGUCGCGUCAAAUCUAAAAUAGCUUGAAAAGAAUGGAGAAAAUAGUUGUAUGAACUUUGUUGUUUGGUUUGUUGUUGUCUUAAUGGGGUUUUUUUUUCCUUCUUGUUUGAGGGACGGGCGGGACAGUGAAUCUUCUGUUUGUAAGCAAGGAUUAUAUAAUCCAUCUGAGAGAGGAUUAUCAAACUGGUCCUGAAAUUAAACUAAAACGCUAAAAAAUAUAAUUACUAUUUUUUUGAGGGACAUUUUCUUUCCUCCUUCAAUCAGGGAGGUAGUUGUUUUUUUUUUUUUUUUUUUUUGUGGUGGUUUUUUUUUUUUUUUUUUUUUUUUUUUUUUAAAUCUUUGUUCUAUUUCAUUCAGAAAAGAAGUUGUUCUAAUAUAUUUUCUAUUUCAUUCAAAGAAGACGUUGUUUAAAUCUAUGUUCUAUUUAGUUUACAGUUCUAGUCACAUUACCUGCAAUCUCAUAGUUUUGAAAUCCAUACAUUUUUGCAACAGUCAGUAUGUGUCAAAUCAAAAUAUAACAUGAACCAACGUUAUGUGAGAAAUGUCUAGAGCUACGCAAAGCCGUAGCGGGGGUUAAUACCGACCGGGGCGUGCCAAUAUUUUUUCAGCCCACACCACCAAGAAAAAAAAACGGCAUUUUUUUUAAAAUGACAUCCGAAUAUCUAGAAAAACGUGCCACCUGGGGCGUACAGCACCAUCCCCCCGCGCCCACACUACACCUGAUUCCCACGCCAGUGUCACUAUGUAGUGAUGUGUUCGUUUAACCUUCUCUUUCUUUCACUUCCACCACCCCCCCCCCUUCUCAGGUGAUCAGGAUGCUGAUUGUCGUGGUGGUUCUGUUCGUCGUCUGCUGGGGCCCGAUCCUCAUCAACAACCUUUUCGUUUAACCUUCUCUUUCUUUCACUUCCACCACCCCCCCCCCCUUCUCAGGUGAUCAGGAUGCUGAUUGUCGUGGUGGUUCUGUUCGUCGUCUGCUGGGGCCCGAUCCUCAUCAACAACCUGCUGGUCGCGUUCGACGUCCUCGACAAGCUGCACGUCGGUCCACUCAAGCCCUUGAGGAUGGCGAUGUCCCUGUUGUCCUACCUCAACUCCAGCCUUAACCCUCUCGUCUACGGCUUCAUGUCGCGCCACUUCCGCCGUGGUUUCAGAGACGCCAUCCGCGUCUGC